CAAAACAGGAAGCAAAUUAUAUAAGAAUAUAUUGUCGGGCAACUACGUUGUAACUUGCUUUGCUGAGCAGAGUCCGAGGUACGCCAUCCAGUCACUGCAGUUAUCUGGUAUCAGUUUCUUAUCACCGCCACACACAUCAUGACGUCUCUAAUCCAGGUUUUGAAAACUCCCCUGGCCUUGCGCUCUGCUCAUGUGAUCAAACGAAGCUUGGCUUCCACUACUAACCCAACUUCAUCAUCAACUCCUGCACCUCAACAGGAUAAGCAAGGACCGUCAACAGGAUAUUGCUUUGAAUUGACACCCGAACAACGAGAAGUGCAGGAAUUGGCUAGAAAAUUCGCCAGGGAAGAAAUCAUUCCUGUAGCAGCUCAUCAUGAUAGAACUGGAGAGUAUCCAUGGGAACUUAUUAAGAGAGCCCAUAGCCUUGGAUUGAUGAAUGGACACAUUGAGGCUGAAUUUGGUGGCAUGGGUUUGAGCAAUCUUGAGGGAUGUCUGAUUGCUGAAGAACUUUCUUAUGGUUGCACUGGCAUUGGAACUGCAAUUGAAGCUAAUGGCCUUGGGCAAGCUCCAGUAAUCCUGGCUGGAAACAAAGAACAAAAGAAGAAGUACUUGGGUAGGAUGGUAGAAGAACCACUCAUGUGUGCUUAUGGUGUCACUGAGCCUGGAGCAGGAUCUGAUGUAGCCAAUAUCAAAACCAGAGCUGAGAAGAAAGGCGACCACUAUGUUUUGAAUGGACAGAAAAUGUGGAUUACCAAUGGCGGUCACGCAAAUUGGUACUUCGUUUUGGCUCGUACGAAUCCCGAUCCGAAAGCCCCACCCCAUAAGGCGCUGACUGGUUUUAUCGUCGAUCGUGACACACCUGGAGUCACUCCUGGUCGAAAGGAAAUCAACAUGGGUCAAAGAGCUUCCGACACUCGUGGAAUCACAUUCGAAGAUGUUUUGGUGCCAAAAGAGAAUGUCUUGCUCGGUGAGGGUGCUGGCUUCAAGAUUGCUAUGGGCGCCUUCGACCAGACCCGCCCUCCGGUUGCUGCUGGUGCCGUUGGUUUGGCCCAACGAGCAUAUGAUGAAGCCCUGAAAUAUUCUCUGGAACGUAAAACUUUCGGCGUCCCCAUUUUUAAACAUCAGGCUGUGGCUUUCAUGUUGGCUGAUAUGGCUAUCGGAAUUGAAACAUCCCGUCUAGCUUGGAUGAGGGCUUCAUGGGAAAUUGACCAGGGUAGACGUAAUACCUACUAUGCUUCCAUUGCUAAAGCCCUUGCUGGUGAUGUGGCCAACAAGUGUGCUACUGACGCUGUUCAAAUUUUUGGUGGUAAUGGAUUCAAUUCUGAAUAUCCAGUAGAGAAACUCAUGAGAGAUGCCAAAAUUUACCAAAUCUAUGAAGGAACUGCCCAGAUCCAGCGCGUUAUUAUCUCCAGAGAAUUGGUCAGUCGUUUGACGGAAUAGAACGAAAAAUUUUCCGUGAACUUGUUUAACUUUUUUAAAAUCUCAUCUAACGAUCUGAGCUCACAAAAAAAAAGGUUUAUGAUUAUGAAUGGAACAAUGCAAGUAGAUUUUAAGUGAACGUUUAUAUUUCCGCAAUACAAGAGGUUGAGUAAA